AUGUUGUUGAACGGUCAGUGGGGUGCCUGGAGCUCCUGGGGCGGCUGCAGUAAGACGUGCAGCGGAGGCCAGGCCAGGCGCUACAGGUCAUGUGACAGCCCCAGACCCACCAGUGGAGGGCGAGCGUGUGCAGGGGCCGACUCACAGACGCAACAAUGCAACACGCAGGACUGUCCCGUGCAUGGCCACUGGGGGGCGUGGCAGUCCUGGUCUGACUGCUCGGUGUCCUGUGGAGGAGGAGAGAGGAGCAGGGAGCGCCUCUGUAAUGAGCCCUCUCCCUUAAACAAUGGACGGGCCUGUCCCGGAGACUCCUCUCAGCUGUCCCGCUGCAACCCCCAGGCCUGCCCAGGUGGACCACAGAAGGCUCGGGGCAGCGUCAUAGGAAACAUCAACAAUAUUGAAUUUGGCAUUGGGAUACUCAACGCCUCCAUCUCCGAUCACAAAGGUCAAGGCAAAGUGAUCGAUGCCACUAUCUCUAAUAUCCCUCGCACAUUAGGGCCUGCCAUGCGGAUCCUGGUCUCCAUCCUCAGCCCCAUCUCCUGGACCACGGCUCAGGAGCUCGGCGAGGCAGUGAAUGGCUACUCUCUGACCGGAGCCGUCUUCAGGCGAGAGACACAAGUCGAGUUUGCUACAGGUGAGAUCCUGAGGAUGACCCAUGUGUCCAGAGGGUUGGACUCAGACGGAGCUCUGCUGCUGGACAUUGUUGUAAACGGACACAUGCUCCAGCUGCCUCCAAACACUGACUUGGGCAUCAAGGACUACAGUGAGGACUACAUUCAGACCGGGCCAGGGCAGCUGUAUGCUCAGUCCACUCGCAUGUUCACCCUGGACCGAGAGAGCGUCCCGUACUCGUGGAACCACUCCAUCUCUUACGACACGUCCAGGGGAAAGAUGCCGUACCUGGUGGAAACCCUACACGCUGCUGCCGUCCGAGCCUUUUACCACCCCCUGGAGGAGCUGCUGGUCUUCCGGGUCCAGGCCCAUAUCGCCAAAGGUGACCGCAGUAACCAGUGUCCACCGGGCUUCUCUCUGGCGUCAGCGGGUCCCUACUGUACAGAUGAGAACGAGUGUGAGAUGGGGAACCCUUGCUCCCACACGUGCCACAAUGCAAUGGGCUCGUACUACUGCUCCUGUCCCCAAGGCUUGACCAUCUCCGCGGACGGAAGAACAUGCCAGGACAUUGAUGAAUGUUCGCUGGGUACUAACGUUUGCCACGAUGGACAAGAGUGCGAAAACACCAUCGGCUCAUAUCGCUGUGUCAUGAGGUGUGGGCGUGGCUUCAGGAAGACCAUGGACGGCCUCAGCUGUACUGAUAUGAAUGAAUGUGAGGACUCCAAUCCCUGUCAGCAGCUCUGCCUGAACACCGUGGGCAGUUACCGCUGUGCGUGUGAGCCAGGGUUCCAGCUCAGGAACAGACGCUGCAUCGAUAUAAAUGAAUGUCGGCAGAGAGUGUGUCGCACAGAUCAGCAGUGUAAGAACACACGCGGCGGCUACACGUGCAUAGACCUGUGUCCCCGUGGGAUGACCAAAGGGGGAAACGGCACAUGUGUUGACAUAAAUGAGUGCAGCGACGGCACUCACCAAUGCAGAUACAACCAGAUCUGUGAGAACACCAGAGGGAGCCACCUCUGCAUCUGUCCACGAGGAUACAGGUCUCAGGGAGUGGGACGGCCCUGUGCCGAUAUAAAUGAGUGUGAGCGGCCUUCUCCGCCCUGUGCGCACCUGUGCGUCAACACUCCGGGCAGCUUCAGGUGCACAUGCCCACCAGGCCAACUGCUGCUGGGGGACGCCAAGUCCUGUGUGGGACUGGAGCGUCUGCGGCCCAGCUACGAGAGGUACUCUCAUGGCCAGCACGCGUCCCAAAGCUCCAAUGGGCAGCUCUACCACAACAUGGCCUCUCAGAGCUACCACUCCUAUGGAGCAGCUACGGGGCGCUACAGGAGCCGCUCUCAGAGGAGUAUUCAGAACUCCAUCAUGUGUCAACAAGGGUUUGUUCUCACAAGGGGGCGCUGUGUAGAUGUAAAUGAGUGUGAGGUGAGGGACACUUGUCAGCAUGAAUGUAUGAACACACCGGGGAGCCACCGAUGUCUGUGUCCCGCUGGCUACCGACUCAUGACCAACGGCAAAACAUGUCAAGAUAUAGAUGAGUGUCUGGAGCAGAACAUCCAGUGUGGAGCCAACCGCAUGUGCUUCAACAUGAGAGGGAGCUACCAGUGCAUAGACACGCCCUGCCCACCCAACUACCUCCGGGAUGCAGCCACAGGGGUAAGACAGUCCCCCUGCCCCAGCCUCUUCCACAGGGUAAGACAGUCCCCCUGCCCCAGCCUCUUCCACAGGGGUAAGACAGUCCCCCAGCCUCUUCCACAGGGUAAGACAGUCCCCCUGCCCCAGCCUCUUCCACAGGGUAAGAUAGUCCCCCUGCCCCAGCCUCUUCCACAGGGUAAGACAGUCCCCCUGCCCCAGCCUCUUCCACAGGGUAAGACAGUCCCCCUGCCCCAGCCUCUUCCACAGGGUAAGACAGUCCCCCAGCCUCUUCCACAGGGUAAGACAGUCCCCCUGCCCCAGCCUCUUCCACAGGGUAAGACAGUCCCCCUGCCCCAGCCUCUUCCACAGGGUAAGAUAGUCCCCCUGCCCCAGCCUCUUCCACAGGGUAAGACAGUCCCCCUGCCCCAGCCUCUUCCACAGGGUAAGACAGUCCCCCUGCCCCAGCCUCUUCCACAGGGUAAGACAGUCCCCCUGCCCCAGCCUCUUCCACAGGGUAAGACAGUCCCCCUGCCCCAGCCUCUUCCACAGGGUAAGACAGUCCCCCAGCCUCUUCCACAGGGUAAGACAGUCCCCCCUGCCAGCUCUCCCCAGUCCCCAGCCUCUUCCACAGGGGUAAGACAGUCCCCCUGCCCCAGCCUCUUCCACAGGGUAAGACAGUCCCCCUGCCCCAGCCUCUUCCACAGGGUAAGACAGUCCCCCAGCCUCUUCCACAGGGUAAGACAGUCCCCCUGCCCCAGCCUCUUCCACAGGGUAAGACAGUCCCCCAGCCUCUUCCACAGGGUAAGACAGUCCCCCUGCCCCAGCCUCUUCCACAGGGUAAGACAGUCCCCCAGCCUCUUCCACAGGAACUGCCCUCCGAACGACCUGGAGUGCGCACUGAGCCCCUACGCCCUGGAGUAUAAGCUGCUGUCUCUGCCGUUUGGGAUUGCCGCUAACCAGGACCUAAUCCGCCUGGUGGCCUACACACAAGACGGAGUGAUGCACCCGCGGACCACCUUCCUAGCCGUGGACGAGGACACUGCGCUGCCAUUUGCCCUCCGCGACGAGAGCAUGAAGGGCGUGCUGUUCACCACGCGGCCCCUCCGAGAGCCACACACUUACCGCAUGAAGGUGCGAGCUCUGUCCUACAGCCCGGACAGAGCCAUCGAGUACCAGACUACCUUCAUUGUUUACAUCGCGGUGUCGGCCUACCCCUACUGA